AUGGCGUCCUUCAAUUCCGACUAUAAGCUCUCUGAUGUUCAACUCUGCGAGGGAAACGCAUGCAACAGGUGGUGGUUGAAGGCUCUUUUCAGUGUACCUGGUAGUCGAUCCUCCCAAAGGUGCCCGCACUGUCGCGGUGCUCCCACAGAGCCGACCAAGUACUGGCAUGGCGGCCGCAGUGGCCCCAAAGCUCCUAGUUACGACUACCCAGGAUACCUGUCGCCACAGUCAGUCAAAAGACCGGAUCAAUCGGGCGCCAAAAGAUCGACACCGAUUGACACAACUAUGGCGACCCAGAGCGCGAACAAGAAGCACAAGCUGCAGCAACCAACCCCGACCACGCCUACUGGCAAAGUAGAGUUCCCGAGGUCAGAUCGCAAAGACAGCUUGCAAUCGCCCGCAACCCCAAAGCCUGACCCGGCGCUGCAGACUCUACUCUCCAAGACCAGUAAUCUGUACGAAGCGUGGAAGAACUGUGAUGGUCGCACAGAAACCCACUUGCAGUCAGAACUGGCAGCAGUCGAAGUCAAUGUCCAGAAGAUGACCACCUCUCCUCCGAAGAUCGAGCGCAAAGUCAAGGAAAGCCAAAGCCAGCUGUCUGUCGCUCAGGAAACCUUGGAAAGAAUGGAAACCAUGUGGACCGAGAUCAACGAAUCCGCCAGAAAAGCAGGCCUAGAUGAAGAGAAGCACAGGGUGAACAAGGAACAGUGGCUCCAAGGAGCUCAAAAGCAUGUUCAGCUCGCCUUUGAAGAUAACAACCGCAAAAGCAGAGAGUACCAGAAAGGAAUGGAGGACCUGGCACAAGCAAAGCAACUCAUCGUCGAUAUGAAGCAGAAGAUCGUCGAUAUCGAGGAGGAGAGGAAGCGCCUCAAGGCCUUCGGAGAGUUCUUCUGCGUGGACUUGCCUUCCAAGAACAGUGCCUGA